CUAAUACUGGUAAGUAAUUUCAAAGUGAAAGUGUCUAUAAAGUUUUUAAAUGGAGCGUUGGUUGAACAAGACGGCAGUGGUGACGGGAGCGAGCGCUGGGAUAGGCGCGGCUGUGUGUCUUGGAUUGGCCAACGCCGGGUUACAAGUUGUCGGUCUCGCCAGGAGACCAGAACUCGUAGAGAAAUUGAAGCAAAAUGUAACAGGUAAAGGUGCGAUAUAUUCAAGGAAAUGUGACGUCAGUAAUAUAGUUGAUAUUAAGGCAGUAUUCACAUGGGUAGAUGAGAAACUGGGUGGUACAGAUGUACUUGUCAAUAAUGCUGGGGUACUAUACUACCCUGGAUUUAUAAGCGAUUCGGGUGAAAAAAAGAUAACUGACGAAGAAAUAUCAGCUACGAUAGAUAUUAAUUUCAAAGGUCUAGUAAUUUGUACAAAGUACGCCAUCGCUUCGAUGAACAAACGAAACGUUGAUGGUCACAUUAUCAACAUAAAUAGUGUCGCCGGACACUACAUCCCUUCAGUAGCAGGGUUCAACGUGUACCCCAGUACGAAGCACGCCGUCACUGCAUUCACUUCCAGCCUGCUCGGAGAACUUGCAGAUUGCAAACACAAGAUCAAAGUCACGAGUCUUUCCCCUGGUCUGGUGGCAACAGAGAUGGUGGGAAAGCACGUACCUGAAGAUAUACCAAUGUUGCAACCCUCAGAAGUGGCUGAUGCUUUACUUUACGUGUUAUCUACACCACCACAUGUCAAUAUAGAAGAGCUGACGAUAGGCUCGGUGAUGGAAAAGAGACGAUGAUCAUCCAUUUUCUCAACCCCAUGAAAAGACAAUAAAUAAAAAUAUUAUAGAAAUAUCUUCA